GUCCAAACCAGAUUCUCCAGGCGCGUCCCGCCCGUUGCGGAUCCGGCCCGGAGGACCCAGCCCGACGCCAGGGAGGACCCUGACGGAGCGACUCGAGGGACUGGCGCAGACUGCGGGCAGAGAAAGGGGCAUGAGCGGGGCUGUGGGCUGAGCGGAGGGACCCGAGCGCACGUCUGUCGGGGAUGGAGGUCGCCUGGACUGUCCCCUUCUUGCUGCUGGUGGGCGGCUGCUUCUCGCUGCCGCCGCCACCGGAGCCCAUCUGCCCGGAGCGCUGUGACUGCCAGCACCAGCAGCACCUCCUUUGCACCAACCGGGGGCUUCGCGCGGUACCCAAGACCAGCGCCCUGCCCAGCCCCCAGGAGGUGCUGACCUACAGCCUCGGGGGCAACUUCAUAGCCAACAUCACCGCCUUUGACUUCCAUCGUCUGGCGCAGCUGCGGCGCCUCGACCUGCAGUUUAAUCAGAUCCGCUCCCUGCACCCCAAGACCUUCGAGAAACUCUCCCGGCUGGAGGAACUCUACCUGGGUAAUAACUUGCUCGAGGGUCUGGCCCCGGGCACGCUGGCCCCUCUGGCCAAGCUGCGCAUCCUCUAUGUCAAUGGCAACGAAAUCGGCAGGCUGAACCGGGGCUCCUUCGAGGGCUUGGAGAGCCUGGUCAAGCUGAGGCUGGACGGCAACUCACUUGGCUCCCUGCCCGACUCGGCCUUCGCCCCCCUGGGCAACCUCCUCUACCUGCACCUGGAGGCCAACCGCAUCCGCUUCCUGGGCAAGAACGCCUUCGCACACCUGGGUAAGCUGCGCUUCCUCAACCUGUCGGGCAACGAGCUGCAGCCGUCGCUGCGCCACCCGGCCACCUUCGGGCCGCUGCGCUCGCUCAGUACCCUCGUUCUGUCGGCCAACAGCCUGCAGCAGCUGGGCGGCCGCGUCUUCCAGCACCUGCCCCGGCUCGGCCUGCUUUCCCUGAGCGGUAACCAGCUGGCUCACCUGGCGCCCGAGGCCUUCGCGGGGCUGAGCGCCCUGCGGGAGCUGCGCCUCGAGGGCAACCGGCUGCGGGAGCUGCCCGCCGCGCUGCUGGACCCGCUGGGCAGCCUGGAGACUCUGGACCUGAGCCGCAACGAGCUCUCGGCGCUGCACCCGGCCGCCUUCCGCCACCUGUCCCGGCUGCGCGAACUCAACCUGCGGGACAACGAGCUCGGCUCGCUCGCCGGGGACAUCUUCACUGCCAGCCCGGCCCUCUACAGCCUGGACCUGGACGGCAACGGCUGGACCUGCGACUGCCGUCUGCGCGGCUUGAAGCGCUGGAUGGGCCACUGGCACUCGCAGGGCCGCCUGCUGACGGUGUUCGUGCAGUGCCGUCACCCGCCGGCUCUGCGCGGCAAGUACCUAGACUACCUGGACGACGUGCAACUGGAGAACGGCUCCUGCCUCCACCCGGCCUCCUCCUCCUCCCCAGCCUCUGUCCUGCCCGCUGUCUCUACAGCGGCUGGAGCCGGGGAGGAGCCGCGGGCGCCCCCUCUUGGCGAUCUUGGGAAACCCCAGCCCCAGCCGCAGCAGCAGCAGCAGCAGCAGCGCCGACUUGCCCACCCCGGGGUGACCUGGGACGAGGGGGCGGGGGCACACAGCAGCAACCAGAGCGGCCUGAGGCUUAGCCGGCGGGGCCCAGGCCUCCAGCAUCCAUCCCCCUCCUCGGCAACUACGCUUCAACUGUCCCCACCCGUGGAUCUGGUGGAGAAACCCGAGGGGACGAGCCCAAGCUGGGAAGAUAACGGCCCCUCCCAGUCCACCCCGAGCUUCCAGAGUGACGCCCCGUCUAGCUCUGCCCCAUCGCCCGCCAGCGACUCCGGGCAGAGGGCGGAGAUGCAGCGCCUGGCUGCGAAGCAUCAGGAGCGGGCCGCCCCGUCGGUGGCCCAGGAGAUGCCGCCCCCACUGGUGUCGGACCCGUGCGACUUCAACAAAUUUAUCCUUUGCAACCUGACCGUGGAGGCGGUGGGCACGGACACCGCCACCGUGCGCUGGGCUGUCCGCGAGCACCGCAGCCCAUGGCCGCUGGACGGCGCGCGCUUCCGCCUGCUCUUCGACCGCUUUGGUCAGCAGCCCAAAUUCCACCGCUUUGUCUACCUGCCGGAGCGAAGCGACACGGCCACGCUGCGGGAGCUGCGGAGCGACACCCCCUACCUGGUGUGCGUGGAGGCCGUGCUCGGGGGCCGGGUCUGUCCUGUGGCUCCCCGGGACCACUGCGCGGGGCUGGUCACCCUGCCAGAAGCCGGGCACGUGGGGACCCGAGCAGGAGGCGUGGACUACCAGUUGCUGACCCUGGUACUCCUGGCUGUCAACGCUCUGUUGGUGUUCCUGGCACUGGCGGCCUGGGCAUCCCGCUGGCUUCGGAGGAAGCUGCGAGGCCGCCGGAAAGGGGGAGCCCCGGUCCACGUGCGUCAGAUGUAUUCCACCCGACGGCCUCUUCGCUCCAUGGGCACCGGGGUCUCGGCAGACUUCUCGGGCUUCCAGUCCCACCGGCCUCGCACGGCGGUGUGCGCCCUGAGCGAGGCGGACCUCAUCGAGUUCCCCUGUGACCGCUUCAUGGACAGUGGGGGUGGCAGCGGAGGGAGCAGGCGGGAAGACCAUCUAAUGCAGCGCUUUGCUGACUGAGGCCCAGAUGCCAGUGGUUGGGAGUGGGGCUAGGGAAUGCUGUGGUCUCAAUGGGGCAAACUCUCUCCUCAAACCCUUCCUUCGUGUCCCGCCCCCCUUUUUUUGUCCUAGGCCUCCAACCCCCAGUAUAUGGAGUUCUAGACUGUCCAAGCCAGGAAAAAAAAAAAUGGGACAUAGCUGGUGUCCAGAGCCGCGAUCAUGUCAGGCUGGGUGACGUCUGAUAUGUGGAUGGAUUGGGACAAUUUCCUUUGCUAUCAUCCCCAAACUUUGGUUCUGAGUAAAAAAAAAAAAAAAAGAUUGAAUUAUGCUU